AUGUCACAUUCCGGGAAACCCGUCUCCGAGUUAGGGCUCAGCGAGCGGUUGCGCGACUCACUGAGUUGUUCCGACGAUUCCAACAAGCCCGAUUUCCGAGAACUCGAUUUGGGUUCGCCGGUUUCCACAUUGCGGCCACGUCAGCAGUUCCACCACCACAGUGCGCCCACCACGAGUAGUAACAGUAGCAGUAGUAGCGGCGGCUCUAGCGGGUCGGUUCCGGGGCAGAGCAACCCGGUUUCGAGAAGAUCCCAUUCCGGCGAGUUGUCCGGGUCGAGUGAGACUAAUAGUCCGACUCGGGUGUCCAAACCGGGUCAUCGAAGAUCUAGUUCUGGUCAAAGUCUGACCCAGAGUCAGAGAUCCCCAUCAUCGUCUUCCUCCGCUGCUGUGAGUUCACCCCCGCCGAAUGUUCUUCCGGCCGGGAACAUUUGUCCGUCCGGGAGGGUUCUAAAGCCGGCGACGGUGGCGGCGGCAGCGAGUCGGAGCUCAAGGAGUGAUGUAUUAGGCUACGGCACGGGGAAUUACGGCCACGGGAGCAUAAUGCGCGGCACCAAGGGUGGCGGUGGUGAUGCGGCGAGUGUUAAGAUCGGUGGCGGCGAUUCGGGGAAGCGCGUGGAUCCGGAGGAAGUGAAGAGGAUGGGCAAUGAGGAGUAUAAGAGAGGGCACUUUGGUGAGGCAUUGUGUUUGUAUGAUCGGGCAAUUGCGAUGUCACCGAGCAAUGCUGCUUACCGGAGCAACCGGGCGGCAGCGUUGACCGGAUUGGGACGGCUGCCGGAGGCGGUGAGGGCGUGUGAGGAGGCUGUGGGGUUGGAUCCUAAUUAUGGGAGGGCGCAUCAGCGCUUGGCAAUGCUGUUUCUAAGGUUAGGACUGGUUGAGGAUGCAAGGAAGCACCUUUACUAUCCCGGGCUGCACCCAGAUCUUGCUGAAUUGCAGAAGUUGCAAAAUGUAGAAAAACAUAUAAACAAAUGUGAAGAUGUUCGGAGGGUACGAGAUUGGAACAGCGUACUGAGGGAGGUUGAUGCUGCUGUUGCUGCUGGAGCAGACUCUAGUGUUCAGCUCUUUAUGUGUAGAGCAGAAGCCCUUCUCAAGCUACACCAGAUAGAUGAUGCUGAAUUGUGUUUAUCACGGAUUCCUAAAAGCGAGCCUCAUCCCGGUUCCUUAUCCCAGGCAAGGUUUUUUGGGAUGUUUUCUGAGGCUUACUGCUACUUUGUGAGAGCUCAGAUUGAGAUGGCUUUUGGAAGGUUUGAGAAUGCAGUUACAGCUGCUGAGAAAGCUAAUCAGAUUGACCCCCGAAAUGUUGAAGUUGCUGUUUUGGUCAAGAAUGUGAGAAUUGUGGCUAGAGCUAGACUGCGUGGCAAUGAUCUUUUUAAAUCAGAAAGGUUCACUGAGGCGUGCUCAGCGUAUGAGGAAGGUUUGAGGCUUGACCCGUCAAACUCUGUUCUCUAUUGUAAUAGAGCAGCAUGUUGGUUUAAGCUUGGGAAAUGGGAAAGAUCAAUUGACGAUUGCGAUCAAGCUCUACGCAUCCAACCAAAUUACACAAAAGCCAUUCUUCGAAGGGCUGCCUCAAAUAGCAAGUUAGAAAGAUGGGAAGAAGCAAUAAAGGAUUAUGAACUUUUGCGGAGAGAACUACCAGAUGACAGUGAUGUUUCAGAAAGCCUGUUUCAUGCUCAAGUAGCAUUAAAGAAAUCUCGCGGGGAAGAUGUACAAAAUUUAAAGUUUGGUGGUGAAGUGGAGGAGAUAUCAGGUCUUGAGCAGUUUAGAGCUGCAAUAUCUUUACCAGGUGUUUCCGUUGUCCUUUUUGAAACUGCAUCAAACUUGCAAUGUAAGCAGAUAUCUCCUUUCGUGGUUACCCUAUGCAGUCGCUAUCCAUCUAUUAACUUUCUUAAGGUGGAUAUCCUAGCAAGCCCCGCAAUUGGCACUGCUGAGAAUGUUAGAGUUGUACCUACCUUCAAGAUCUACAAAAAUGGCAGUCGUGUGAAGGAAAUUAUAUGUCCUAGUCAUGAUAUGUUGGAACACUCCAUUAGGCAUUACAGCUUGUAG